AUGGCGACCGGUUGGACUUACCAUCACGACCAUUACUGUCACUGGAUUGUAACGUGUAGUGCUAACUCGACCGUCUACGUCAAAUCCAAUCUCUAUCCCAAUUCGGAUAGAGUCGAAGUGAACGCUUGUGCUACCAGCACGACUCACGGAGAUUACGUCAAAGUCAAGGUGGGAUACACGACGGACGACACGAUCUGUGAUAAAGGUCCGAGUCAGGGAUACUACUACGAACGCACCGACUCGAAUGCUGCGGUUGUUGAAUUCAACAGCGACUCCAGCCAUUCUAACAAGGCUGGCAUGUUCGUCAUGGUUCACGAUAUGAUGUUCGGGACGAAACGAAAACGAGAAUCAGAUGGUUCUCUGGCAGACAACAACAUUCAGCUGAAUCGAGUGGAAGAAAUGCUGGUUGACAUUGGGAUAAAUGAAAACGCUCGAUUCUAUUGUGAUAAGGAUUGGGCGAGACCCUUCGUCGACCACGGCUGCACGUGCGACGGCAUCGACGUCGAAACUACCGAGUGAUUCCAUUGACUAUCACUUAGAUUCUGUAGUUGAUGCACGUCUCGUCUUUGCAGUUUUAGUCUUCUAGGCGUUGUUCUAUUGUACUGAUACAUAUACAUGUAGUUGUUUAGACAAUAUAAUAUUAUAUACAUGA